UGUUGCUCUGGCCAUCAACUUCUCCGUAUUUCCUCUCCUAUGUCAAGGAAAAAAAACCCAAGAAGAAAAUAAAUACACAACAAGAAGCCCUUAGCUUAGCUUUUUUUCUUAUGAUCUCGAAGUCCUAAGCUUUCUACACCUUCUCUCUUUACUGCUUUUGCUUGUUUCAGACGUUAUUGACGGCUACUCUCUGACCUUGAAAAAGCUGCGUUUUCACCUAUAUAAACCCUCGUUUCCUUUUCCAUCCAUUUUCACUUUCACUAUAACAUAGAGUGUGAAAAAGAAGGAAAAUUAUGGGAGGUGAUGACGAGUGCGUUAUAGUGGUACGGGAGUUUGAUCCUAGUAAAGAUUUAGCAAGUGUAGAAGAAGUUGAAAAACGAUGCGAAGUUGGUCCCAGCGGCAAACUCUCUCUCUUUACCGACCUCUUGGGUGACCCUAUUUGCCGGGUCCGCCACUCCCCUGCUUUUCUCAUGCUGGUGGCUGAAUUAAGCUCCACCAAAGAAAUAGUUGGGAUGAUAAGAGGUUGCAUAAAAACCGUUACUUGUGGCAAAAAGCUCUCUCGGAAUACCAAAACCAAUGAUCCCUCCAAACCUCUCCCUGUUUACACCAAAGUCGCUUACAUUUUAGGCCUUCGGGUCUCCCCUUCCCACCGGAGAAUGGGAAUAGGGUUAAAGCUGGUACUAAGAAUGGAAGAGUGGUUUGUCCAAAACGGCACUGAAUACUCUUACUUAGCCACGGAAAACGACAACCAAGCUUCCGUUAAUCUCUUCACUGAUAAAUGCGGCUACUCCAAGUUCCGUACCCCUUCCAUUUUGGUGAACCCCGUUUUCGCCCAUCGACUCCCUGUUUCCAACCGAGUCUCUCUGAUUAAGCUGUCCCCAUCCGACGCCGAGUCGCUAUAUCGGCGUCGUUUCUCCACCAUCGAGUUCUUCCCUCGCGACAUUGACUCGGUGCUUAAUAACAGACUCAGCCUGGGGACCUUUUUGGCAGUGCCACGUGGAUGUUGCUAUACGCAAGAAACGUGGGCCGGGUGUGAUAAGUUUUUAUCCGACCCGCCAGAGUCAUGGGCGGUUUUGAGUGUGUGGAAUUGCAAGGACGUGUUUAGGUUGGAAGUCCGGGGCGCGUCGAGGAUGAGGAAAACGUUGGCUAAAACGACAAGGAUAGUGGACAAGUUGUUGCCGUUCUUGAGGUUACCGUCGAUUCCGGAAGUGUUCAAGCCGUUCGGUUUGCACUUCCUGUACGGGGUGGGAGGGGAAGGGCCAUCGGCGGCGAAGUUGGUUUAUGCGCUGUGUGCACACGCGCAUAACUUGGCCAAAGAAGGAGGGUGCAGUGUGGUGGCGACUGAGGUGGCGAAUGGUGAGCCGUUGAAAGCUGGGGUCCCACAUUGGAAAAGGCUAUCGUGCGAUGCAGAUUUAUGGUGCAUCAAACGGCUUGGGGAAGACUACAGUGACGGGUCCGUCGGUGACUGGACAAAAUCACCCCCUGGACUUUCAAUUUUUGUAGACCCCAGAGAAUUCUGAACUUCAAAAGUCUAAAUACCCAAGAAUGCAAAAUCUAUAUACUAAUAUAAUAUAAUAUUUAAUAUUUAAUAUUUUUUUUAAAAAAUAUUUGAGAUUUUGGGGGAGAGAAAAGUGGGACUGAGAAGAUAUGGGUUUUCGGUGUACCAAAGAAUAUGAAUAUCCCCUGUUUUAUAUAUAUUAUUUGUUAGGUCUAUCGAUUUUGUUUUUGUAAAUGGAUUUGGCUUUUAAGAUCUUGUUUUAGCCAAACAAAUAUCUCUUUUUUUUACUUUACGGUCCUUUUAAUAGGGGAUGGUAUAUCAUUUUAAUCAGAAUAUCCCUUUAAAGUCAAUUAUAUGCGUAUAUAAGAAUUUUCUCCA